AUGGCCUCUUACUUGGGGUUCCACUCCGCCAUCAUAGUUUCACGCCGCAAUGAAUACACAUUAAUGAAGGACGUGUCUAAUAUUGCAAAAUGUCUCAAAAAAAAUAAAAGAAAAAAAGGGAACCAUAAUAAUUCCUCCAAUGUUCCACUGGUCGAAGACACCUAUAGAGAUAUACACGUCGGAUAUUUAGACGUAAUUCUUCCAUAUUUCAGAGGCCCCAUUGCAGAGAAUCACUGGAGCUGCAAAAAAUAUACUUCAGAAAAUAUAAAGAUAACAGAGAAUUUAUAUUACAUACGCCUAGAGAACCGGAUUCUUUAUGGUACACCUAAUUCUUAUUUUAAUAGUCUGGAAAGAUCAAGCGCCACAAUGGCGUAUCCGACAACAGCAAAAUCUAGCUUAUAUUCGAUGGAAAUCCGAAAACUAUCCAAUCUCCGUAUAUUGGACAGUACGAGUAGGAAACUAGCGAUAAAGAGUAUUAUUAACAACUUCCCCUGUGUAUUAUACCUCGUAUGUCCAUUCUGCAACAUAACCAAUAUCAAUGCUUAUGAAUAA